UUUGAGCGCAGCUUUGUUGCCACCUGCUGACACGUCUUUCCGCUCGCCCCUGUAUGUGACACAGCUGCGCUACAGGUGUCCUUUAGGUUCAUGGAAGAGGCUGACGAACGCAUCGUGGAGAAGGUUCAAGCUCUGAGCGACAUUGAGCUUGCUGUGCUUCUCUGCCUCGUGGCAGAUCAGCACUGCAUCAUCGAAACUGAUGGAGAGACAUUGAGUGGGCUAGUAGCUGAGCUUCAAGUCAUUGCUUCCCAUGUAUUCGGCCUUAAGUGCUCGGUUCUGGAUUGUUCUGAGCAGACCUCAUUAGAUGACUUUGGUCAUGGCAUUCUCGUAGAAGAAGAUGGGGAAGGAUAUUUCAAUAGCAGAUAUGGGAAGACGAAAGAGGAUUCCUUUAUGUUUUCGUCAGAGAUCCCAAGGUAUUCUGACAGACGGACAUCAAAAUCUCAUCUGCCGUUCAGCCCACUAGAUAGCCGCCAAAUUGCCAAUGUCGUCAUUGCACAGAACCUUAACAAGUCCACUCAGCAAGUCCAAAUUCAAGCACUGGAGCUUAUUCGUGGAAAACGCAAUUUCACAAGGACCGCCGUGCACGCGGCGCCGCGGCCUUUCCUCUUCAUUGCGUUGAACCCCAGUGGAACUGCUCGGCUCACGACUCAUUUGAAUGACCAAUUCUUCAUAUCCCACAGGCAUCAAGCGGAUGAUGGUCUACCGAAUCUUGAAGAGCUUCAGACCAAGGCGCCUGCAUCUGACGACGAUGCAUCUACGUCUUCAGUGGUUCGGACAUCUCCCAUGCUGGCUGAAAAGCGAAAGUUUUUAGCGCCAGUGUUUUCGCUGGAGGAAAUCGGAAAGCUCACAGCCCUGACUGCAGAAGUCAGGAUAAGCUCCGAUGUACGAUCAUAUCUUCACAACAUUGUCGUCUUCAUGCGGCUGCAUCGAGCUGUGGCAGGAGGCAUUUCAGCGAUGGCAACCCGUCACUUCAACACCCUUGCCCAUGCAUUGGCUCCGCUUCACGGACUCUCAUAUAUUUCUCCAUCUCUAGUUGCACUUGCAGCUCGCAAGAUCUAUCCCCACCGGAUUGUUAUCACAGCGCCCGAGAAUGAGCGAAGCAUGCAAUGGGGAAGUUCAUUGGAAGCCGUGAAAGCUGUUCUGGAAGGAGUAACAGUGGAAGAUGUGAUCGAAGAGGUGCUACAGUCUGUAGAAGUUCCAUUAUGAAUGACCUCAGCUUCUAACAGGAACCACAAAGUAUUGACACGACCCUGAUUCAAGUCAUCGACUCGACCUAUAAUCGAGGAGAGGCUGGCUCCUAGUGAAGCUAAUGGGACAUUCGAGGAAGGAACUAUGGCCCUUGAGGCAAUCACAAUCUUAUCCUUUCCAACAGUGUUCAAACACAGCCUACCACUGUUUCCCACAUCCCAAAGUCGAGCAUUCUAUUGUCAUGACUUCACAGCACGCCAUUCAAACCAGGGGAUGAUUAAGCACGCUGAAUGGCUGACGUCAUCAACGCUGAUUGGUUGAAGCGGGACUCACCCCCGCGGUAGCGUUACCUCAACUUCAAA